AUGGAGACCCUGGAAGAAACUGAACUCUGCUUUCCACAGCUUUUAAACUCUUCCUGCAGAAAGCUAAAGCACACUCACACUGAGGCUAUACUUAUUUACAUUCUGCUGUGUUCCAUUUCUGUGCUCACUGUUACUCUCAACCUGCUGGUUAUCAUCUCCAUCUCCCACUUCAAGCAGCUCCACACUCCCACCAACUUCCUCCUCCUCUCUCUGGCUGUCUCAGACUUCUCCGUUGGCCUUCUGUUGUCCUAUGAGAUUCUCCUCUCAGAUGGCUGCUGGGGUCUUGGUGACCACAUGUGUGUUUUGUUUUGCACCUUAAACUUCAUUAUGACCUCUUCUUCAGUAGGAACCAUGGUGUUCAUAUCGGUUGACCGUUAUGUAGCUAUCUGUGACCCUCUGCAUUACUCCAACAAAAUCACUGUGAGAAGAAUUACAAUCUGUAUUUGUCUUUGUUGGACCAGUUCUGUUCUAUACAACACUCUCAUACUGAAGGAUAAACCAGGCAGGUAUAAUUUCUGCAUUGGAGAGUGUUCAGUUGUCAUUUACUACAUUGAAACAAUUUCUGACCUUAUUUUGACCUUUAUUGGUCCUGUCACUGUCAUCAUAGUUCUGUAUCUGAGAGUAUUUGUGGUGGCUGUGUCUCAGGCUCGUGCCAUGCGCUCUCAUAUUGCAACUGUCACACUUAAGCAUUCAGAGACUGUGUUUGCUAAGAAAUCUGAGUUGAAAGCAGCCAGGACUCUUGGUGUUGUUGUAGUUGUGUUUUUGAUAUGCAUUUGCCCAUAUUACUGCUCCCUUCUUACAGGUCACAACACCUUGUUUGAUACAACUGUGCCUUUAUGGGCCUGGAUGAUGUUUUUUAACUCUUGUCAAAACCUUCUAAUCUGUGUUUUUUGUUACCCCUGGUUUGUUAAAUCUAUUAAGCUCAUUGUAACAUUGAAGAUCCUUGAGCCUGACUCCUGUGAGGCCAGCAUACUGUAG